AAAAUCCUCGUCAUUUUGCACCUGCCUCACGUCUUUAGGCAGUGUGUUCGCAAGCCUCCAACAGCUAGCCUACCUUACCUGCAGAGCAGUGGUCUAGUGUUUCUCAUAGAAAGAGGGGUUGGAUACAUUGGUAUCUCUCUGGAAAAGAUUCUGACUUCCUACUGUAUUUGAUUUUCAAAAUUUUCCAACCCUUCAUGAGCCGUGGGAACUACUAGAAUUGAACAACAUUAUCUUACCUCAACUGAUGAAGACAUCAAGCGGUAGGGUCACAUUUUGGAACGAAUUUGUGCUCAUAACGCAUAUGCCACGAGAGCUCAUUUAUCCAAGGUAUACAUGUCAAGGGGAAAAAAAGGACUGAUCCGUUUCAGUGCAACAGAGCAUGUGCUUAGUAACGGACGCGAAUGUAAACAUGCAAUAGGCGACCGAGUGGCAACCUGGUAACUGUCUACGCAAGAGCGCUCACUCUGGAUCUCUCUGUUGAACUUUACUCGCUCCAACUCUGACGCCCGGGAGGGCUCUGCUGUGAUGGCUGCUCUGGGUGAAGUUGGAAGCUUCUUGCAUGGCAAUGAUGGUGUAGGACACGUCGGGUCCCAUUUUCUCCUGACGUCUCUUGGGGAGAGUUCAGCGGUACUGCUGGGUCAGGGUGAACACCUCGUACCUGGUGCCGGGGAAAGCCUGUCCCGGAGCGCCACGGCAGAUUUAACACUUUUAAAAGGGAUUCUCCGGAGAAGGCAGUUAUACUGUAGAACUGGAUUUCAUCUGGAAAUACUUCCAGAUGGCACUGUGCAAGGGACAAGAAAGGACCACAGUAGAUUCGGUAUUUAUCAAGUUAUUAGUGUGUUAUUACAGAUCUCAUAUUACACAUUAAUAUUUUAUGGUUAAAAAUGUUACCAAAUAUGUAAUAAUCAUUAUAUAUAAAACAAGUUAUUGUUAUAAUAAUAAUAAUAAUUGAUAUUAUUAUUAUUAUUAUUUCUGUCAGAACAAGAUCAGUUUCCUACCAUAACAUCAGUUGCCAAUAUUACCCCUAAAGCAAUAGUGCAACUGUUAUAAUUUGUUCAAUAAAUAUCAGUGGAAGUAAUGUGAAAGUCCUAUAUGGAAAAUGUGGCUAUACUCUACCCUAGUGUGUCACAAUCUGUGAUAGAAGGUUUCUCUGGUGAAAUACACCUGGAACAACAGAUUUAUUCUUCUCCAGGUAUUUUGGAAUUCAUAAGCAUUGCUGUUGGAUUGAUAAGCAUUCGAGGAGUGGACAGUGCUCUCUACCUGGGGAUGAAUGACAAGGGAGAGCUCUAUGGUUCUGUAAGUAUUACACUCACCACUCUCUUUGGUGUUUCUAUAGUCCCACCUCUUAUUAAAUAUGUGUUGUAGAAGUGUCUCUGGGUCUUUUGUUGUCCAAUAUACAUUAUAAUAUACCAGCAGGUGGCAUUAAUGGGUUUCCUUGAUUAUUGCUGUCACUCUGCCAUAAAGGAUCCAGUUCUGCUGUCACUCUGCCAUAAAGGAUCCAGUUCUGCUGUCACUGCCAUAAAGGAUCCAGUUCUGAACUAGUUAUGUUCUUAUCAUCUGUAAACACAGAGUCCACAAUAGGGACUGGGAAAUGACACACGCACAAAUAUACACACACAGACACACUCUAUCACGCUCUAACACACACAAUCUACACACACAUUAUUCUUUAGUUGUAUUGUUUGUAUAUCAUUGUAUUUUACAUUUGUGUGACUGUCCUUGUCUAUCAGUGUAUCAGUGUUUUGUUACUUGUCAUGUUUGAUGAUUUUGUGUGGACCCCAGGAAAAAUAGCUGCUGCUUUGGCAAAAGCUAAUGGGCAUCCAAAUAAACCAAACAAACCAAGCAGCCUUACCACAAAUAUAUCCUUGCCCUGGUAAGACCGUUGAUUUAUUGUCAAUGGAUCUGACUUCAUAAUCUGAUCUGACUUGGUUUCUAUCCUGCAGGAGAAGCUGACUGCUGAGUGUGUCUUCAGGGAGCAGUUUGAGGAGAACUGGUACAACACAUACUCCUCCAACCUCUACAAGCACGGAGACAAAGGGACUCGCUACUUUGUGGCGUUAAACAAGGACGGCACGGCUCGGGAUGGAACAAAGUCCAGGCGACACCAGAAGUUCACCCACUUCCUGCCCAGGCCCGUGGACCCUGACCGGGUACCGGAGCUGUACAAGGAGAUUCUGGGCCACAGCUGAGACUGGCCUGCACCCACCGUCCCAGAUCAGGAAUAGCUGUGUAUUGAGCUCUAGUCCCUCCUGCUGUGGGAAGCAGGGAUGUGUGCAGUCCAGGCAGUGUGGAGCCAACCAGCCCUACAGCAGUCCCAGCCCCAGCCCCAGUCCCAGCCCUACAGCAGCCCCAGCUCCAGCCAGCCAGCAGGGAAGGAGUAGCCUACACUGGGUAUAAAGGCACUAGCCAGGGGCCUCCCCUUGGAAUGCCAGGGCCAGCUCUCAGCGGUGACAAAGACAGUCUAGAAUGUCUGACAUUGUCAACCUGCACACCAAGGCAUGAGGAGGCUGUUUGUUCAGGGGCAAACUGACCCCCGAGAGUAGCUGUCGUGUGGAAUAGGAGAGGAACAGGAUCAGAGGAAGAGAUGCUGAUGCAGGAGGGAGGGAGAGAGGGAGGGUCACUCUUCUGUUUGAGGGCCAAUACACUUCAGGAAGUGUCUUUGGACUGAGGAUCUAGUUGGAAUCAUAGAGAUAGAACAUAGAGAUAGAACUGUUCUAUUAUCUAUUGUUGGGAUGGCAAAAUCUAUGGGAUUCUAUACAGUUAAAGAACCUAGUUUUUUAUUUGGUGGGGCUAUGAUGUGUUGGAAGGGCUCUGUUUAUUCCAGAAGGAUUUUGAAGGAAUUCACCUGUUUUAUUCUCGUUUUACGUGUGACUAGAUGAUGCUGAAAGGAGCAGAAAGAUAUCUGCCACAGAUAUCAUUUCAAAAUGUAUUAUUUAUUCAUUUCUAGAUACAAAUAUUUAUGUUAUAUAUUUAUUUAUUUCAGAAUAUAUUUUUACAGUUAAAUAUACAGUACUGUAUAGAGAAACCACUAGAAAUUGUAUCUACAUAGAGAUAAUCUGAGGAUAGCUGUUUUCUCACUUAGCUUGGGCCACAUUGUGAAAUUAUCUUAACAUAAUGUGUGGGAAAAUCUAUAAUUUACUGAAUCUUUCCCAAAGAAGCCCUCCGUUGUAUGCAUCACAUUUAACGUCUGUGUCAGUGAAUCCUUAUUAAAGUC